AUGUUUGGAAACGAGUACAAACUUGAAGUUUAUUCAGAAAAUGAAUUAAAAGAAAAUUUCGAAUUGAAUCAUGAUCAAAUUGGUUACUUGACAAAUAUGUAUGCUUCGGAAAUCUUUCCGAGGUUAUAUGUGGGCAGUACACUGGCAGCUUCUGAUAGAGCAUGGUUGAUGGAUCAUAAUAUUACUCAUAUUCUUUCGGUCACAGAUCACCCUCCUCAACAGUUUCUAGAGUCUUAUAAGUAUAAAACAAUCCCAAUACGAGACUGUGCUAAUACAAAUAUAAUGGAAUACUUUGAUGCUUCUUAUGAAUUUAUUUAUCAUGCAUUAAAAGAGAAUGGGAAUGUUCUUGUUCAUUGUCAACGUGGAAUAUCACGAAGCGCUACAAUCGUCAUUGCUUAUAUUAUGAGAAACAGUCAAAUGGCUUCCACUGCUGCUUAUCACUUUGUAAAGUCAAAACGUCCUAUUAUUUGGGACAUGAACAUUGCAGGGACAUGA